UAUUUUAAUAGCUAAAAAUUAAACAAAUAUAAUUAUAAUACACACUUAUUUUUAUAAAAAUUUUAUUAUUCAAAAUCAUUAAUUGUCAUAUAUACUUUAGCCACAUUAGGCAAUUCUAUAAUUUUAUUUAAGGAAAUAAUGAAGCACAUUAAUAAUGUAUUUAUUGUGGUUAAUAAAAAGUUUAUUAUAUAUUUAGAUGAACCAACCUAUUUCUUUAAGGAUUUUAAGAAUUAUUCUAGUGACGACACGUGUCUACAAAAAAAUGUUGCAAUGCUUCUCAAAUAAUAUAUAGGGGAUAUUAAAUCUUAAAAUCUGACCCAUAACGUUACAAAUUAUACGAGUUGCACAUGACUAUUACAAGUUAUACGAGUUGUAUCAAUACCACAUAUUCAAUGUGUUACACCGAGUUGUGCCAGAUUUAUUAAUGAUACGUUUUCUAUAAAAAUGUCAGCAAUACUACAUCAGUUGUAACAGUGAAACCAGUUGUUAAAGAAUUUUGUGUUACAAGUUUUACCAUAGACAAAAACUGUUUCUUCUACACUUUCAUGUUUCAUACUCUAACAACAUUAUAUCAAACCUUAUAAUCUGACAAAUACGGUCAACAUGUAUUUUAUAUGACUCAACCGAAACAAAUAACAAUAAAAACAUAAGAGAGAAAGACAAAAGAGAGAGAGGAAGAGAGUCUACACUUACCAAUCGAUUUCAAAACCAAGGAUGAUGCAAAUGGGAUAUUUCACGAUGUCAUAACCUGUAGAAAGAUCCUAAGAAACAGAGGUAAAUGUUUGUGGGUGAAGAGUUAAAGAAGAUAUGUUUGGUUAGUGAAGUGAAUGAAUUUUCGUAGUGGUUGGGUAUGGUUGAGGAAGAAAUGAAGAAGAAGAGUGAUUAAAUUUUCUGUGGGACCCAAGUGAAAUCUGAUGGCCAAGAUUAAAACCCACUUAUUAGAUCUGUCGGCUUAGAGACAAGUUCCAUUAAUGGCUUUAUUGUAAAUAUUUCAUCCUUAAAAAUCGGACGGCUCAGAUUAUAACGUGAAGAAUCAGAUCUAAUGAUUGAUAUUAAGCUUUCAUUAAGGCUACAAUCAUAAUUUACACCCAUUUGUCUCAUAUGAGAUUAGUUUUGGUGGUUAUAGAUUUUUUUUUUUGUCCUUUGUAGAUUAAACCCCACUAAAAAGGUUGGACAAGAAUGAGUUAACCCGUUACUUAACUAUUUUUGAAAUCAGACUAACUUUGUUAUACCAUCGUUUUGGAUAUUGGCUUAAAGAUAACGGACUUAAUAGAAAACGGCUUGGGCGUUGUAGGCCCAAUAAAGGAAUAUCGAAUGUGUGUAUAUACAAAUAGAGAGUAGUAUCACGAGAGGAAACCUAAACAAUCUAUAUUGAAAGUAGCCGCCGCUUGUUUCCGUCGAUCAAAGUUAAAAAAAAAUAAUGGGAGAUUCCUCGGUUAAAAUGCGUGAGGGAUUCAGGAGGGAGCGUGAGGGAUUCAGGAGGGAGCGUGAGUUUAUGGGGAAAGUGAGACAAUGUGGUGGGUUCGAUAUCGAGCAUUUGAUGAAAGCAAAACCAGGCCUUUGUAAUUUCGUGGCUUCGGAGACCACAAAGGAUAAACCCGCCCCCAGGUACAUCGUCCUAUAUGCUAGGUUGGGGAUCCACAAGUACAAUAUGAUCCAGGGGACUAACUUGGAGCUGCAUGGCAUAGAGAAGUACAAUGUGUUGCGUAAAAUACCUUAUUUUAUUCACUUUGUAACCGCAGUUGCAAAGGAUCCUGCUGCCGGCGGUUCUCUUGUAACUUUCCAGACCAGUUUUUAUGAAGAAGUCUAUGGCAAGAGCUUGUCUUGUUUUAUUGCUAGGCCCAAGCCCGGACCUCAUGAGGAGGAUAAUGCUUAUAAUUUAUGGGUUCAAUCUGAUAAUGAAUCUGAUGAUGAAACUGAAGACAAAAGUGAAUUGCCUGAGUGGCCGGGAGAGAAUGCUUUCGAUGAUAAAAAGCAUUAUUACGUGGUGGAGAAAUCAGAGCUUGGAAAAAAUGACUGGAUUCGUGUAUAUCUUGAGCUUGCAUUCCUCGUUCCAAAUUUGAGCAUUCGAAGUCUUGAUCUGUCGAAGGUGGUCAUUACUAAAGUAGCGGUGUAUACUAGCGACGAGGACAUGGCUUUGCCAAACGAGAAACUCAAUGCCAGAAAUGCAAUUUUCUACAUCAAGUACAAGUACUGCCCAAAUGAAAAUGAGGAUCAUGGUUGCAAGCCAACACGUGAUGGCGUAGCUAUAGUAAGAAGAAAGAUGGACAAGAUCUCUGGAUAUACCACUCUCUCGUUCCAGGGCGAUUGCAAUUGGAGAGAUACUUUUCUGUAGAGCAGAGAAUUGGCCAAUCCUAUGGCUCGUAUUCGUUGGUCUUUCUGUUAAGCGUCUAAUUAAGUAAUUAUAAGACCAGCUCCAUUUUAAAAUGUGGAUCACGUUAUAAAUUAUUAACUAUUGUCAAAUCUUUAAUGGUCGUUUCGCGGGUGGUGGUUUUUUGGUGCGCAUGUCUUAAAUUAUUUCGAUAUCUUGAGGUUGA